UGGGGCCGGAGACACUUUCCUCCAACGCUGCAGCCGGGACAGCGGCUGCCAGAGGCGGCCGCCCCCAACGAGCGACUGGGUCUCCGGCCGCGGCAGCCAGUGAGCAAGGAUUUGGCGAGAUUUCCCCACCAGCUCCCGGCGGCAGCUGAGGGGUAGGGAGGAGCUGCAGGGGGCGGGGACUGGUGCCGGAGGAGGGGCGGGGUGGGAAUGUUCCUGAGAACCCGGUGGCUGCCCAGACAAAAAACCCCGAAUGGCUGGAGCGCCUUCAACUGUUACCAGCCUUUUUGGGCAGAGCACGGAUUUGACAGCUCCACAACGUGAGGAUAUCCGCUGACCCCGCGAGACGGAGGAGAGCACUUCCCCGGGACUGCCUGUGCAGCAGAGCCAGCGCUUUCGGGUUUCAACUUUCCAACUUUUUUUUUAGUCUCUGACAAGAAGACUGCCCCUUCAUGUAGGAGAGGUGCUUUUGGGGACAUGCUGAAAGGUAACUGAAGACGGCAAAGAAAAAAACCUCCAGUUGUCAUGGCUGAAGGGGAGAAUGAAGUGAGAUGGGAUGGACUGUGCAGUAGAGAUUCAACUACUAGAGAGACAGCACUGGAAAACAUAAAGCAAACCAUUUUGAGAAAAACCGAGUAUCUUCGUUCGGUGAAAGAGACACCUCUUCGUCCAUCAGACGGGCUUUCAAAUGCUGUUUCUUUGGAUGGGUUGAAUAAACUUCUUGCUCAUCUGCUGAUGCUUUCUAAGAGAUGUCCCUUUAAAGAUGUAAGAGAGAAAACGGAAUUUAUUUUGAAGAGCGUCCAGGAACUUGGAAUUAGAAUUCCUCGACCACUAGGACACGGACCAAGCAGAUUCAUCCCAGAAAAGGAGAUUCUCCAAGUGGGUAGUGAAGACGCACAGAUGCAUACUUUAUUUGCAGAUUCUUUUGCUGCUUUGGGUCGUUUGGAUAACAUUACAUUAGUGAUGGUUUUUCACCCACAAUAUCUAGAAAGUUUCCUUAAAACUCAACACUAUCUACUGCAAAUGGAUGGGCCAUUACCCCUACAUUAUCGGCACUACAUUGGAAUAAUGGCUGCAGCAAGACACCAGUGUUCCUACUUAGUGAACCUCCAUGUAAAUGAUUUCCUUCAUGUUGGUGGGGACCCCAAGUGGCUUAAUGGUUUAGAGAAUGCUCCUCAAAAACUACAAAAUUUAGGAGAACUUAACAAAGUGUUAGCGCAUAGACCUUGGCUUAUUACCAAAGAACAUAUUGAGGGACUUUUAAAAGCUGAAGAGCACAGCUGGUCCCUUGCAGAACUGGUACAUGCAGUAGUUCUCCUCACACACUAUCAUUCUCUUGCCUCAUUCACGUUUGGCUGUGGAAUCAGUCCAGAAAUUCAUUGUGAUGGUGGCCACACCUUCAGACCUCCUUCAGUUAGUAACUACUGCAUCUGUGACAUUACAAACGGCAAUCACAGUGUGGAUGAGAUGCAGGUCAACUCAGCAGGAAAUGUUUCGGUAAGUGAUUCCUUCUUUGAGGUUGAAGCCCUCAUGGAAAAGAUGAGGCAGUUACAAGAAUGUCGAGAUGAAGAAGAGGCAAGUCAGGAAGAGAUGGCUUCACGUUUUGAAAUAGAAAAAAGAGAGAGCAUGUUUGUCUUCUCUUCAGAUGAUGAAGAAGUCACACCAGCAAGAGAUGUGUCUCGUCACUUUGAGGAUACUAGUUACGGCUAUAAGGAUUUCUCUAGACAUGGGAUGCAUGUGCCAACAUUUCGAGUUCAGGACUAUUGCUGGGAAGACCAUGGUUAUUCUUUGGUAAAUCGCCUUUAUCCAGAUGUGGGACAGUUGAUUGAUGAAAAAUUUCACAUUGCUUACAAUCUUACUUAUAAUACAAUGGCAAUGCACAAAGAUGUCGAUACCUCAAUGCUUAGACGAGCUAUUUGGAACUAUAUUCACUGCAUGUUUGGAAUAAGAUAUGAUGACUAUGACUAUGGUGAAAUUAACCAGCUAUUGGACCGUAGCUUUAAAGUUUAUAUCAAAACUGUUGUUUGCACUCCCGAAAAAGUUACCAAAAGAAUGUAUGAUAGCUUCUGGAGGCAGUUUAAGCACUCUGAGAAGGUUCAUGUUAAUCUGCUUCUUAUAGAAGCUCGGAUGCAAGCAGAACUCCUCUACGCUCUGAGAGCCAUUACCCGCUAUAUGACCUGAUGCCUUUCCUCCAUUAAAGAUAAUGGAAUGAUCAGCAGAUAUAGUCUACAGGGGAUGGUACUAAGCCCCAGGACCAAUGGUAGAUAAAAGAAUUCAGAAAUCCAUUGUGCCAUGAUUCCUUUAGUUUUUGCUAUGUUACUGUGGAAACACCACUGCUGGCACGAGCAGUGAAUGCUUGGCAGCUUCAAGUGUAGAGCUGUGAAGAAGGGCUGCCGUUCACAGUAUUUUGCUUUUUGACAGUACAAGAUGCUGUAUAACUGUUUUAAUACAGCAAAUAGUAACUCUCCAAAUCCUGUUGCUUUUAUGUUAAAUAAGAUAACAAGAAUUGGAGCAUGCAGAGAAUGGGACUUGGAUAAUGACAUAAGCUUUUUAUACAUAAAGAAUUUUAGAUCUUGGUGCUGCUAUUUCUGCUGGUGGAAUGACUAUAGAGUGGCUGUUCCAGUUAAGCUAUUAGUAAUAAAAGUGAACACUGCUACUAUCUGAGCCUACAUACCUAAUUUGUGUGGUUUCAAAUUAAACUUGCAUAUGUGUUAUUUUUUUUUGCAUUUUAAAAAGCAUAGAAUUAUUACAGCUCAGCAAAGGCCAUUUUGAUGGUAACAGUUCAUUUCUUUCAUUGGAUGAAUUAAAUUACAGUGGCAUUCUUAAAGAUUUUGUUCAAAAAGCAAUCUUAAAUGAAAGAGUAUAAAUUGUAAGGAAAGCUAGCUAUCUUUUCAUAUGCUCUUUCCCAAGAUUCUCUGACACUGGAGGGCAGCUGUCUUGUGCAGUAUUUUGUUUCCAGCCUGAAGUUGUGGGAAAUGUUGCUGUAGACUGCUGCGCAGUCCCAGGUGCAUUCUGCCCCUUUGCUCCUGCCCGCCUCAUGGUCCCCACUUUAAAGAUUGUGGAGCCGUUUAAAUAAUAAAGCUGGAAAAUAUUUUUAGUCGGGUUAUCAAAUUUGAUUUACAAAAAUGCUAACUUUGUUUGAAAUGCAAAAAGAUUGAAAAAAUGUAUUAAGUACACUUUGUAUUCUGGAAGCGUGAAUUGCUUUUGAAGUCUGUCAGUAUUAUUGGUAUUUUUCAAUAAAGAAUCAUUUUUUUCUCCAAUUUUA